AUGACCACGGAGACAACAGACCUGAAGCCGCUCCUAGAGCAGCUGGAAGAUGAUAUAGAUGAUAUCGAAGACGCCCUAGAGCCGCUUCUGGAGCAUGGAUUGGCUACCACCUCGCAGAAGCUGCCCUUGAUGGAAAAGGCGAAGCUUCACGUUCUUCUCACAUACUCGAUAGAGUCACUUAUAUUCUCAUACUUGUGCCUCAACGAUGUAGAUGCAAAGGAACACCCGGUAUUCAAGGAACUUGCCCGGGCUGGUAAUGAUAAGGUAGAUCUCGAGCGAGCCGAGCGGGAAGCAAAGGACAAGGCGAUGGCACAGCUACGGGCGUCACAGUUAGCCAAAAUGAAGGGCAACGUAGCAGCUGCUGUGCCGCAGAAACGGCCGCUCGAUGAACCCGAGUCGUCCGAACGUGAUGGUACAGAGUUGUCGUCGCCUGAGCCGAAGAAGACUAAAACGAUAGAACCGGACGAAGAUGACGAAGAUGACGAAGAAGAAGGUGACGACGACGAUGAAGUAGAAGAAGGGGGGGUUGGUGAAGAGGACGAUGAAGAGAACGACCAGCCAAAUGAAAAGAAAGAAGAAGCGUUCAUCAAACUAGAUGCUGAGGCCAAGAGCACAAAUAAGAAGAAAAAGAAGAAGAUGACCAGGGCGGAGAAGAGGGCGAUAAAUGCCGCAAAAAAGGAAAAGAAGACUGCAAAGAAGAAGCGGAAGAAUAAGAGAGAGAGAGAAGCUCAGCUUGCAACCGCCAAUACAAAUGCCAAUGGCUGA